AUGAACGCCAGUGAUAAAAAUGUUUUCUCGGCGAACACUUGUAUUAUGUGCAAUACUGGUGACUUGCAGAGCCGAUCUCACUUUUCCAGAGCACUUUAAGCUGGGUGCAGCCACUUCUUCGUAUCAGAUAGAAGGCGGGUGGAACGCUGAUGGUAAGGGUGAGAGCAUAUGGGACCGGUUUGUCCACGAGAACUCUGCAGACAUCAAGAGCGGUGCUACGGGAGAUGUCGCGGCGGACUCCUACCACCAGUGGAGGGAAGAUGUCAGGAUCGCUGCCAACAUGGGACUGCAGUUUUACAGAUUUUCAAUAAGCUGGCCUCGAAUCCUGCCUACUGGCUUCACUGACAAGAUCAACCAGGCUGGUGUCAAAUACUACAGUGACCUCAUUGACGCUCUACUGGCCGAGGACAUUCAACCCAUCGUAACGAUGUAUCAUUGGGAAAUGCCUGUGAAGAUACAAGAUUUAGGUGGUUGGACAAAUCCUCUCAUUGUGAACUGGUUCGGAGACUACGCGAGAGUGAUAUUCUCUCAGUACGCUGACCGCGUCAAGACCUGGCUCACCAUCAACGAAGCCAUUGCGAUCUGCGACUUGGCUUUCAAUAAAGGCCAUUACGCUCCUAAAAUAAAGGAGCCAGAAUUCGCACCUUUUCUCUGCAAUAAACACAUUUUGCUGGCGCACGCGACCGCUUAUAGAAUAUAUGAUCGGGAGUUUAGGCCAAAGUAUAAAGCUCGGAUAUCACUUGCAAACUUCGACUUGUGGAUAAAACCAGCUACAGAAAAUGAUACUGAGUUAGCAGAUCUGGGCAGACAGCACGCGAUAGGCAGAUACUCGUAUCCAAUAUUCUCAAAGCAAGGUGGUUGGCCACCAUCGAUUGAGAAGCUCAUGCUACAAUAUAGCUUGGGACAAGGAUACCAGUACUCCAGGUUGCCGCCCUUCACAAAAGAUGAAAUAGAAUUUGUCAAAGGAACGGCAGACUUCUACGGCAUUAAUCAUUACAUAACAAGUCUGAUCAGAUCGGCUAAGCCCGGAGAGGACCCGGGAAUUUGGGUCUUGACCGGAUCUCCGGAACUGAACGCCAUUUUGGAGUUCCCGACAAAUAGCAAAGUUGCUAACUCCAUAUUUCCAGUCUAUCCAGAAGGCAUCCGGCAACAGCUAUCCUGGAUAAAGCAGGAGUACGGAGACAUCGAUAUCCUGAUUACUGAGAAUGGCUUUGGCUACUCGACCAACGAUUACGAGCUCAAUGAUGUGGAUAGAACAAAAUUUUUCAAGGAAUAUUUGGAACAGGUAUUGCUCUCGAUAAAAGUGGACAACGUUAGCGUCAUAGGAUACACGGCGUGGUCUCUCAUUGACACCUUCGAGUGGCUGGAUGGAUAUACAAUUAAGUUCGGUAUCCACGAGGUCGACUUCUCUCAUCCGAACCGAACGCGCACCCCGCGCACGUCAGCGCACUACCUCGCUUGCGUCAUCCGCGCGCGCUCGCUUGACGUGCCCGACCACUGCUACAAGGACAAAUACUUGGCCGACAGAGCACGGAUAGGUUACAGAAGUGGAAGCCAUAAGAUACAAGCUGUAUUGUUUAUUAACAUUCUUUUAAUAGCUAUAAUAAUCUGUGUUUAAUGUGCUACAAGUAGUUACAACUUGGCCGAAAGAGAACUCGUAAGCAUAAGUUACAAAUAUAGAAGUAGGUACUCGUUUGAUAAGCUGUUUUGUUCAUAUUAACAUCAAUAAUGUUUUUAAUGAAGGAGAAUAUAAGUGUAUAUGAAAUCUAUUUAUUUCUAAUAAUUGUUAUGAUAUUAAAAAGUGUGUCGUAAUGA